GCAGCCUUCUUCUCUGGGUUGUUGUCCUCGCCGUUUUGUUGGUUGGCGCUCUGCGCAGGAGUCUCUUUGCGCCCGCGCGCGGCGCCGUAAAAGGGAAAGAAAAUCAGCGAUAAAUUGCUUUUCUUACGAUACCGGCACCAUGGCUGUUGGCACUCUCGCCCUCUUCUACCCGGUCUUCGUGCCGAUGAGCGUCGCGACGCUCGCUUAUGCCGGCCACCGGGCGAUCCAGCUCGACUGGCGCACGCUGAUCACCCACUUCCUGACGGGUCCCGGCCGGACAAGUCGAAUCUUGCUACUCCUCUUCGUGGUGCUAAACUGGAAGAGCAUGCCGCUAGCAUGGACUGUCCGUGUCUUCCACUCAUUCAUGUACCACCUCCUCCCACGACCCAAGAAAUUCCCGCAGCGCGCGCUGUUCCACUACAGCCUGACAUCAAGCCGCACCUCGCUCCUCGAGACGGACUACAACGUGCACAAGAGCAACUCGACGUAUUUCUCCGACCUGGACGUCAGCCGCAGCCACCUGGCGACGUGCCUUCUCGGGCAGGGCAUGCACGUCAUCGGAAACAAUGCCAAGCACAAGCGGGUGCUCGACAAGCAAGGGAACGUGGUGCAGGGCGCCUUCGGCAUCGGGCUGGGCGCGGUGUUCUGCAGCUUCCGCAAGGAGAUUGCGCCGCUGCAGGCCUACGAGAUGUGGAGCCGGGUCCUGUCCUGGGACCGCAAGUGGCUGUACAUUGUCACGCACUUUGUCGUCAAGGGUAAAGUGCGCCCGACGGGUUGGGACGGGAAGCGCAUGGGCCCGACGCGCGCCCGGGUGCAAAAGGUUGACGGUGGGGAGCCGGUGGAGGACUGGAGCAAGUACGUCAUUGCCACAGCCGUGAGCAAGUAUGUGUUUAAGCUGGGGCGGUUUACGGUGCAUCCGGCGCUGGUGAUUGAGGCGGCGGGCCUCCUGCCUGAGAGGCCUGGCGAGGGCUGGACGGGCGGCGAGACGGGCACGGGCACGCCCGAGGAGCUGGGUGAGCUGGACGAGGCCGGGGAGUGGGACUGGAAGCGAGUCGAGUUGGAGCGGCGCAGGGGAAUGGAGUACGCCGAGCACCUUGCUGCGCUGGACGGCACGAAUUCAUUGUUUGAUGGUGGCGAGGAUGGCGCGAUUGGGUACUUUCCUCUGGGAUAGAAGCAUGGCCCGGGGUGUUUGACUUG